AUGUUCCAAGUCGUUUGUGCGAAAGGCCCAUAUGCUCCGUCAUCAGCAGCAGCGUCUAUGUGGCACAGAGACCCUUCACCUGUAAUUUCUGUUCCAAGUGCUUUAAGCGAAGUGAUGUUCUGCGAGCUCAUCAGUUUCGAUGCAAGGAACGCGGCUCCGCGCCAGUACCCGAAGGGCAAUCCAAAGGUCGAAAGAGAUCUUCGUGCCUCUCCUGAACUUGGAAAGGAAUGCAUCCGAACGGCAUCCAGCCCACAGAGUACACAAGAAGCUGCCAGGCCUAGAAGUCGAGACGCGAUCCCGAUCCAUCAUCUGCUAAACGCUCCUGAUGGCGAUGACCUGGUCCCCCGCUUCCCGAUUCGAGAUACCCCUCCAGGCGCCGGAGGUGACGAGGACGAUGCAACGGUCAACGAAGGAGAGGACUCCUCCGAAGCCUCACACUGGAGCGAGGACUAUGAAAAUCACGAUGUUUUUGCCGGUGCAAGUCUGGUCGAUCUGGAUGCAUCGAACUUUGACUCUUUCUUUGGAGGCUUCGAGACCUUGACUUUUGGCUCGUAUCCUCUGACUGCUGAUGUACCGCACAUCACGAGUGGGACGGGUAUCGUAUCGGCCACUGCCAUAACGCUCGAACCUCGCUCCUAUGAGAUCAGACAGUCAUUGAUGGACGCAGCCGCCAAGUUUGCAAUGGAUUAUCCGGAUAGUCCACAGCUCGGGUUCUUGGAAGCAAAUAUCGGACUCCUCACCCACGUGGAAAUAGACCACUGCCUCAAUCUGUUCUUCACCAACUACCAUCGGCACUGCCCGAUAAUCCAUCGCCCAUCCUUUCAACCAGCUAUUGCCCCUAUACCCCUUGUAUUGGGCUGUGUCACUCUAGGGGCUAUGUACUCCGAGCCGGCAAAAGUCGCUUGGAUGAAGAGUCUUCUGGACGUCAUUGAAUCAUACAUCUUCUCGCUGCCAGAGGUGAGGGACGAGUUCUUUGGCACUCUAGGGGUUUUGGAAGCACCAGAUGAGGAUGCCAUAGAAUACCACUUUCAACAAUUUCAAGGGGCUUACCUCUUGGUCAUCGUCCAAUACUUCUCGGGGAAUCUAGCUGGCCGCAGAAGAGCGAGAAGGCAGAGGUUUCCUUCAAUUCUGAAUCUCGCGAGAUAUUUCGGCUUGCCGGCAGCGCAGCAUCCGACCGUUAUUGCAAUACCGGACGAUCUUGCUUUUCAGCGCUGGGUGCGGACUGAGGCCCGCAUUCGGACCAUGAACGUGCUUCUUGCACUGGACUCAGCCAUGGGAAUCUUCAAUAAUGUUCCUCCUCGCGUCAACUACUGCGAAGUAGAUCUUCAGCUGCCAUGCCAUCCUGAGUAUUUCGAUUUGACCGGCUAUGCGGACAUGUUACAACAGGGUUCAUUUCCUCGUCCGCGGAUGAAGUUGAUCGAAGCUUUCCAGAACCUGUUUGUCCAUCCUAGCGAGCUCAAGGCGGCAUACCAGAACGAGAAUCUAUGUUGUUGGGAUAUGCUUUACCUUGCCCACGUCUUGUAUACCCACUGUUGGCAGCAUCUUUUUGGAAACCCACUCAAUCGGAUAUCGGCCACUUCGCUAGCUUCGGAGCCACAUCUAGUAUACGAACCGAUGAAGACUGCCCUGGCAAACUGGAAGACCCUGUGGGAUGACGUCCGUGCAAGGCUGUCCCGCGCAAAUGUCAGCGAGAUGGGCUUUGAAACCUCUGCUGACAGUUAUUGGACGCUUGUCAGAAUGAUUGUGCUGAAAUUCGAACACAAGAAAAGCGCCAGCAGCGCCUCCAGUAGCGUAAAUGGGGCUGCUACAAGCUCCUCAGGUGGCUUUGUCCACAGAGAGACAGGAGCCAGUGACGAUGGGAUGAGUGAGUCGAGCACAAACGGCAGGGGCGCAGGAGGACUCUGCCCUUCCUUGGACUUCAUGCCACUCGAAGCAGAUUGCGACAGUCAAGGCGCACACUUGAGAAAGAUCCUGCAGAAGUGA